AUGACUAUCAAAAAACACCCUUCCUUCGGCAGCCCAAUGCUGAAGCACUGGCUUUUUGACCCCGCAUACAAGAACCUCAACCAUGGUUCCUAUGGUGCACAUCCAUCUGCUGUCCGCGAUGCACAGCGUGCCUUCCAAGAACUCGCAGAUGGGCGACCAGAUCCAUAUGUUAGACAACAACAUGCAGUUCUGCUGAAUGAGGCGCGUCAAGACAUCGCAACGCUCAUUAAUGCCUCACGAGAUGAAUGUGUAUUUGUCAAAAAUGCUACAACUGGUGUCGCUACAGUUCUUUAUAACCUAAAUUUCCAGCCAGGAGAGGCACUCAUCUACUUUCAACCCGUGUACGGAGCCGUGGAGAAUGUGAUGACUUCUCUUACAGAGCACACUGCCCUCCAAACUCGGAAGGUGCAUUUCCAGUAUCCUAUUUCCGAGGAAGAAAUUGAACGAAGAUUCCGCGAGGUUGUCCUUCAGACUCGGAAAGAAGGCCUCAAAGUUCGAGCUGCGGUCUUCGACACAAUUCACAGUGUUCCGGGGGUCCGGUUUCCGUUUGAGAAAUUCGUCGGCAUCUGUCACGAAGAGAGUAUUCUGAGUGUAAUCGAUGGCGCACAUGGUAUCGGGCAGAUCACUCUUGAUAUGAAUGCGGUUCAACCUGACUUUCUUGUCUCAAAUUGCCACAAAUGGCUAUAUACCCCCCGCAGUGCAGCUGUUCUUUACGUUCCUAAGCGUAACCAGCAUCUUAUGCACACAGCUCUGCCCACCUCAUGGGGGUUUAUUCCAACAACAGGUUCUCGCGAUGUCGCUCAAGUCACUGAGAACGAUUCCCCGUUCGAGAAACUGUUCCAACUCGUCGCUACCGACGAUUACUCUGCCUACACAUGUGUGGGAGCUGCAUUAAAAUUCCGUCAAGAAAUCUGUGGCGGGGAGGAAGCACUCAUGCAGUACUGCCAUAGGAUAGCCAACGAAGGGGCAGACAUUGUCGCCGCCGCCCUUGGAACAAAUGUCCUCCAGGAGCCCAAUUUGAAGCCUGGUGAAGUUAGUCGGAUGCGUCAGUGUGCCCUGACAACCGUGCGGCUGCCAAUUAUGGUUUCAGAUGAUUCAUCCAACGUAUCACCCGCUGGUACACUGGUCAGUUUAACAGCGGAGGAGGCAGAUCAUGCUACUGAAUUUUGUCAUCAAACUCUAUUAGGGAAAUAUGACACUUUUGUCCCUGUCUUUCGGCACGGGCCGUGGAUGUGGAUGCGGCUGAGUGGACAGGUAUAUCUGCAGGCUUCUGACUUUGAAUGGCUAGCAGGUGUUCUUGGCGAAUUGUGUGAGCAGAUUGUUCGAAAGGAAUUUUAA